AUGGAAGGAGACCUUCAAUCCUCCCCUCCUUCACGAAGAAGUGCAAAUUACCAGCCAACCUUAUGGGAUGACAGCUAUAUUCAAUCGCUACCUGAUAGCUCUCUGGACGCAGCACAAGUUAAUUUAUGGGAGAAGUUGAAUGAGGAGGUGAGACAUUUGAUUGAUCAUACUAAACAAAAGGAUAUUAUAGAGCUACUUGAAGAAGAUUUCCUGGUUAGGAGCUUCAAAAAUGAGAAUGGGAGCUUCAAAGUUCAUAUUGUGAAUGAUGUAAAGGGAAUGCUAAGUCUGUACGAGGCUUCUUAUCUUAGUGUUGAAGGCGAGGAUGAUCUAGAUGAAGCAAUGGAAUUCACAACUAAACAUUUAAGUAAUUAUUUGAAGGAACCAUUGCUUAUUCAUCCCUCAUUAGUGGAACAAAUAAGUCAUGCCUUAGAGCUCCCUUUGCAUUGGAGAAUGCCCAGGUUGCACACCAGGUGGUUUAUUGAUGCUUAUGAGAGGCAAGAGAACAUGAAUCAUAGCUUGCUUGAGUUUGCUAAACUAGAUUUCAACAUGGUGCAAAGCAUCUGCAAGAAGGAAGUUAAGGAGAUGUCUAGUUGGUGGAGGAGUAUUGGUCUUGCUGGUGAUGAGUUUAGUUUUGCAAGAGAUAGAUUGAUGGAGAACUAUUUUUGGACAAUGGGAUGUACUUUUGAGCCACAUUUUUGGAGAUGUAGGAAGGAGAUUACCAAAUGGAAAAUCACUGAGAUCCAAUCACUUCCAAAUUGUAUGAGAAAAGCAUUGCUGGCAAUUAUCAAUACUAUGAAUGAUACUGCAUGUGCAUUUUCAAAAGAAAAAGGAUUAGACAUUCUUCCACAACUAAAACAAGCAUGGGGAGAUCAAUGCAAAGCAUAUUUAGUGGAGGCAAUAUGGUAUAAUACAAGAUACAUUCCCACCCUAAACGAGUACAUGGAAAAUGCAUGGCUUUCAGUUGCUAUUUCUUUGGUGAUAAAUGCUGCAUAUUUACUAAGUGAAGACUUAACCAAAGAAGCUCUAAAUAGUCUUGAGUUCUACUUUGAUGUUACUCGUUACUCAUCUAUGGUCACUCGUCUAUACGAUGACUUGGGAACAUCUACGGAUGAGCUUCAAAGGGGCGACGUACCAAAAUCAAUUCAAUGUUACAUGAAUGAAACAAAUGUUUCUGAAUUUGUUGCACGGGACCAUAUAAGACAAUUGAUCAAAAAAUAUUGGAGAUUAUUUAAUGGUGAAUAUUUUUCUAAUUUCAACUUGGAGGAGUCUUUCAAACGAUAUGCGCUAAACUUACCUCGAAUGGCACAAUGCAUAUAUCAAUAUGGAGAUGGGUAUGGAAAGCCUGAUCGUGAAACUAGGGAUAAAAUCAUCUCUUCACUAAUUAAGCCCAUCCCACUAUGA